AUGAGGGAAAUUAUUGGAAUACCUAAAGCCGUUUUGGGCGCUUUCCUGAAGCUUCCCGGGAUUUGCAGCGUUCUGUUUAACUACCGAAAUUUCUUCGUCACAUAUGAGUCUGGCUUGUGUGGGGUGCCUCAAUUUGAUGCACACGUUGAGGUCUACCCCCAGACCAAGAUUGUCCGUGUCGACUUUGACACACCGUAUAUCAAGGGCCUUCCGGUAACCAUGACUAUGCGAGAAAAGGUUUGUGAUGGGGGUUUCCAGGAACGCAAGAUCCGCAAGACCUAUGAAGACCCUUAUACCCUUGAGCUGUUGGAAUUUCACGACUGUGUUGUGAAUCGACGUACCCCGAAGAGUGGUGCAGAAGAUGCUAGCAAGGAUGUGGAACUCGUCAAGAUGAUCAUGACUGCUGGGCUCGCAAACUAG